ACUUGGUAUGUCUCUGAUCUCAACUCUGCUCGUCUUCCUCCUGGUCACCCCCUCAUGCUCCCUCGCUGUCCGCACUUAUCCCCGCUUCUCCAGAAAUGAUACUUCCUUUGAGCACCUGGUCCUGCACCCAGACCCCUCUGUGGGCACAGUCUACGUGGGGGCCAGGGACCACCUCUUCCAACUGGACGGGCUGGACGGCCUACGUCUGGAGCAGGAGGAGGGGACCGGCCCAGUGACUGAUAGUAAGGAGUGUCUUCCCCCUGUCACCGAGGCCAACUGCCCCCAGGCCCGGCGCACCUCCAACCACAACAAGCUGCUCCUGGUGGACCCCUCAGCCAUGGAGCUCAUCACCUGUGGUAACGUCCACCAGGGCACCUGCCAGAAGCGCAGCCUUGCCUCUGUGAAGGAAGUGCUGUUCUCCACAGAGAGGCCGGUGGACACCCAGUACGUGGCGGCCAACGACCCGGGGGUGUCCACGGUGGGGCUGGUGGUUGGGCCCCGAGGCGGGGAGCGGGCUGUGCUCUAUGUGGGCCGUGGUUACACAAGCAGCCAUCCGCCCAUCUCCACACGGCAUCUGGCCCAUGAGCCUGUGUUCUCAUACGACGAGACUGCCAAGCUGGCCGUGGCGGGAAGGCUCUCGGAGUACGACCACCAUUUUGUAGCUGCCUUCGCUCGCCGUGGGCAUGUGUACUUCUUGUUCUAUCGCCGUGACAUUAAGGCUGUGUCGCGGGAAUACCGUACGUAUGCUGCCCGUGUGUGUCUGGAUGACACCUCCUACUACUCCUAUGUAGAGGUACCCCUGGUGUGUCACUCCUCCUAUACCUCCUCCCCAGAGAGGAACUACAACCUCCUGCAGGCGGCCCAGGUGGGUCAGGGGGGCGGCAGAGAAGGGGAGGCUCUGCUCGGGGUCUUCUCCACCCGGGCCAGCUUCUCCAACGGGCCCUCAGACGACUCGGCUCUGUGUGUGUACCCCCUGGACGAGCUGGACAGACACAUCGAUUCCACACGAGACAUGUGUUACACGCUGGAUGGCCGGGUGGAGGGAGGAGGGGAGGUGGCCUACAUCGAGUACGAGGUCAAGUCCAGCUGUGCCAACUUACCCACGAACACCCUGAAGGCUUAUCCCUGUGGCUCUGACCACACCCCCAGUCCAAUGGCCAGCAGGGUACCCAUAGAAGCUGAGGCGGUAUUGGACAGCCCGUCCGCCCGUCUCACUGCUGUUGCUGUCAGUGUGAGAGCAGGGCACACAAUUGCCUUUUUAGGAGACUCUAAAGGGAAUUUGCACAAGGUGUUCCUAGGCUCUGGAGGUAGGGUGGAGAAGUACUCCUCCAUGAUCAUCCAGCCCAACUCACCCAUCAGCAGCGACCUUCUCCUGGACCAGACGGAGUCCCACAUCUACAUCAUGACCAGCACAAUGGUGGAGAAGCGGCCGGUGGCAGAGUGUGAUCACCUGGACUGUCAGUCCUGUCUCUCAACCCGAGACCCUUACUGUGGCUGGUGUGUUCUGGAGGGCAGGUGUGGCCAGCGUUCCCAGUGCAGUCGGGGGGCUCUGCAGGGCCAAUGGCUGUGGAGCUUUGACCAGCAGCAGCAGUGUCUCAGUAUCCAAUCCUUGAGCCUGUAUAACAUCAGCCGUGGAGAGGAGACAGACAUUGCUGUGUCAGUGAAGGGAUUGCCAAGUCUAGUGGAAGGCGAAGCAUACAAAUGUUUCUACCAGGAUGUGGAAAGUCCUGCCACCGUCACAGACACUGGUGUGACCUGCUCUACCCCCGACGCCAGCAGGCUGCCUCUCAUUGGCCAGGGAGAAGACUCAGUCACCGUCCCCCUGUCCCUUCGCUUCCUCAAAGUGACAGUGGCUGCUUGGGAGUUCACCUUCUUUGACUGUGGCGUGGUCCAACAGCUCUCUGGACGCAUGCCGUGCAGAGGUUGUGUGAGCAGCCGCUGGGGCUGUAACUGGUGUAUUCACCAGCACUUCUGCACCCCAAACAUUUCCUGUGAUGAGGGAGUCACAAUUUACAACCAACACUUGAAACCACCAACAUCCACUCCCCCAGCAACCAAACGAUCUGAUACUGUCCUGGCUGCUCCAACACUCCCAGCCACAGAGGUAUCUGUUAGGACCACUCCCCCAGCUACUCCCCCCACCACCCCCAAGCCGACCGCAGUCCCCACCACUCUCUCACCAACCAUCGCCACCACCACACCUUCAACCACACUGGCCACCCAGGCUACCACUGCACUGGAGGUGACAACCAGUCUGCAGGCAGGGGCCAUCGCUGGAGAGACCACAGUGGAGGGAGAUGGAGACGGGAGUCUCUCCAGGACUAGUGGUGGAACAGGGGAGACAGAGAAGACAACAGUCACCAGGGUUGAGCUGCUAGACUGGCCCAAGGCUCCAGAGACUGUGUCUCCUAGUAGUACUACUGGACUGACAGACACUGGCCUCACUGGGAUGGAGCCCUCAUUCUCUGACACCACCUCAACCACCUCUAGUGGUGUCCCCCUGUUAGUGGACCUGCCCACUGGCUCUGACAGGGAUGAUAUCCCCCUGGCCCCCUUUGAAGGUACAGCCUCACCCCCCUGGACUAUGAAAUGGGACAAGGGGGAGGAUGAGACAAAGAUGGACCCUGCAACAUCCUCUGCCACAGCGCCCUCUGGAGUUGAUGACCCAAACCAGCCCUCUCAAUCCUUUACCCUCACACCUGACCUUGAGUCUGAGUCUUCACCAGACUACCAGUCUGACUCCUUUGAUCUGCCGGACUGCCCGUGUGUGGAGAAGGUCGAGGGCUCCUCUCUUCUUCCUGUUAAUGUGGAGCGGAAGAUCACCCUGCUGGGACUCCACCUUCACCUCUUCCAGGAUGAUGGUCUGGACUAUGAGUGUGUCCUGACCAUCGAGGGCCGGUCAGUGGUGGUGGAGGCGUACGUGGAGCCAGACGACACCCAGCCCUCUCUCUACUUCAUCACCUGUCAGCUACACCAGUAUGCCUAUACUGCCUUUGCGGAGGAAUACAAUGCCAUGAUCAGUGUGAGGAGGAGAGACAACUUUCAGAUUGAUAGUGCUGACGACCUUCAUGUGACGUUGUUUAACUGCUCUGUGGGCCGGUCAGACUGCAGCCGUUGUCGUACGGCUGAUCAGAAGUACGGCUGUGUGUGGUGCGGGGGAGCUCGCUCCAGAUGCAGUUACCAGGACUCCUGCACUGAAGAGAUCAAACAGUCCUGCCCAGCACCCGUCAUCCACUUUAUGGAGCCCGUCUCUGGACCAGUAGAAGGUGGUACUGUGGUGACCAUCUCAGGCUCUAAUCUGGGACAGAAAGCUGAAGACAUCCAGAACUCUGUCACUAUAGCUGGUGUCCCCUGCACAGUCAUCAACAGCAGAUAUGAGAUCUCCUCAAGGAUUGUGUGUGAGACCACAGCCAGUAGGGGACAGAAGAGUGGCCAGGCCUCAGUCGAGGUGAGAGGAGGAGGACUUGGAUUCUCCGAUCAAAGGUUUAGCUUCCAGGACCCAGCUCUGAUGGAGAUAGCCCCUCAGAAGGGGCCCAAGGCCGGGGGCUCUGCAUUGACCAUAAUGGGCCAGAGCCUGAAGACUGGACACCCCAGUGAGGUCAGCGUGCUGAUUGGAGGAGUCCCAUGCCUCAUCUCCUCUGAGGUCGUGGAUGACCAGAUUACAUGUAUGACUGGUGGCAGCAACAGAACCGGGGAGCAUGGAAUCACGGUCCGAUUUGGUAGAGCAGAGCGCCAUCUAGAGGGAGCCAAUUACUACUACACCUCAGAUCCUAACGUAACCAUGGCUACACCCUCCAAUAGCUUCCUCAGUGGUGGAAGAAUGAUCCGUGUGUCCGGACAAAACCUGGAUGUAGUGCAGGAGGCCAGAAUCCGGGUGACCCUUAGUCCUCUGGAGUCCCUCUCUCCGAGGAAGAGGAUGAGGACGAGGAGGAGUAGCAGAGAUGGAGAGAGUAGAGUGAGAUGUAGAGAAAUCCCACUCAAGAGGCAAAGACGGAUAGUUCCUGAGCCAGACUGUCCUGAAGACACACUCUGUGUUGUCAAACAGUUUGAGACGCGCUGUGCCGUGAGCAGCUCCUCUCUGAUUCUGUGCCCUACGCCUGCCGUGGGGACCGAGGCCUGCAAUGCCCAGGUCAAGGUGGACUUCCUACUGGAUAACCUGCACUUUGACUUCAGCUCUGUGGGCAGCGGGGCUUUCAGCUAUGCGCUCAACCCCAUCCUAAUCCCACUGAACCAGAAUGACCCCAGCAAACCCUACCACCACAAACCUGGCAGCAUCAUCUCUGUGGAGGGGGAGAACCUGGACCUGGCCAUCUUUAAGGAGGAGGUGGUGGCUCUGAUCGGGGAGGGGGUGUGCUCGGUGAAGACCUUGACCCAUAACCACCUCUACUGUGAGCCUCCAUCCCAGCAGCCCUCAGUGAUGGCCAGCAGGAAGCAGGAGGGCAUGGAUUCUCUCCCUGAGUUCACUGUCCAGAUGGGAAACCUGAACUUCUCCCUUGGCAGAGUGCAGUAUGACACCCAGGUCCAGUCCACCUUCCCCCUGGAGGCCCAGGUGUGCGUUGGCGUGGGGGCCUCCAUCGUAGCCCUCAUCGUCCUCAUCAUAGUGCUCAUAUACAGGAGGAAGAGCAAACAGGCCGUGAGGGACUACAAGAAGGUCCAGAUUCAGCUGGAGAAUCUGGAGACCGGUGUGAGGGACCGCUGCAAGAAGGAGUUCACAGACCUGAUGACUGAAAUGAUGGACUGUUCCAGUGACCUGGUGGGUUCUGGUAUCCCCUUCCUGGACUACAGGGCGUAUGCAGAGCGCAUUUUCUUCCCUGGCCACCGGGAGUCGCCACUGAGGCGAGAUUUGGACGUGCCGGAGUGCCGUAGACAGACGGUGGAGCAGGGGCUGGUUCAGCUGUCCAACCUCCUCAACAGCAAACUAUUCCUCACCACGUUCAUCCACACCCUGGAGGUGCAGCGGACCUUCUCCCCUCGGGACCGGGCUUACGUGGCCUCCCUGCUCACCGUGGCCCUGCAUGGGAAGCUGGAGUACUUCACUGACAUCCUCAAGACUCUGCUCAACGACCUGGUGGUGCAGUACGUGGCCAAGAACCCGAGACUCAUGCUCCGAAGAACUGAAUCAGUGGUGGAGAAGCUCCUGACCAACUGGAUGUCCAUGUGUCUGUUUACCUUCCUGAGGGACACGGCAGGGGAGUCCUUCUACAUGCUGUUCCGAGCCAUUAAACACCAGGUGGACAAGGGACCGGUGGACGCCGUGACAGGAAAGGCCAAGUAUACACUCAACGACAACAGGCUGCUCCGCGAGGACGUAGAGUACAAAACCCUGACGCUGAAUGUCCUCAUGCCAGCGAUAGGCAACGGUGACGUGCCCCAGACGGCUCCUGCCAAGGUGCUGGACUGUGACACCAUAACCCAGGUGAAGGAGAAGCUCCUGGAGCAGGCAUGGAAGGGCAUGUCCUUCUCCCAGAGGCCCCACACAGACACUCUCCACCUGGAGUGGCGUGCGGGCACGGCAGGUCACCUGAUCCUGUCUGACGAGGACCUGACGUCGGUGGUGCAGGGCUCCUGGAAACGCCUCAACACCCUGCAGCAUUACAAGGUUCCGGAUGGAGCCACUGUUGCACUGGUACCCCGGAACUCCAAACACGUCCAUAAUGACAGCCAUGACUACAUUCCUGGAGAGAAGACGCCCAUGUUGGACGAUGGGGAUGAGGGAGGCGUGAAGCUCUGGCACCUGGUGAAAGCCAACGAGGAGCCAGACCUUCCCAAACACAGGCGUGGCAGUCUGAGGGAGAGGGAGAGGGCCAAGGCCAUCCCCGAGAUCUACCUCACACGCCUACUCUCCAUGAAGGGCACACUGCAGAAGUUUGUGGAUGACUUGUUCACAGUGAUCCUGACCACUAACCAGCCAGUUCCCAUGGCUGUCAAGUACUUCUUUGACCUGCUGGAUGAGCAGGCUCUGCAACACAACAUCACAGACUCUGAGACCAUCCACAUCUGGAAGACUAACAGUUUACCCCUGAGGUUCUGGAUUAACAUCCUGAAGAACCCUCAGUUCAUCUUUGACGUUCAGGCAUCAGACCACGUGGAUGCUGUGUUGUCUGUCAUAGCCCAGACCUUCAUGGACUCCUGUACCAUUGCAGAGCACAAGCUGGGCAGGGUGAGGCAAACAAGGAGAGGAGACCUUACUGAGUAGGUUAAGGGCCCAGGGGGAACAGAAGGUCUAGCAGAAAUGAAGGGAGAGUAGAGA